UUAGCUAGCUAUCUAUCGGUCCACUGAAAUUGUCCAGCAAGGAAAGGUCACCUUAGUCAAAAAAUCGCCAUCUCUGAAAAGCCAAAAGCGAAAGACUGAGAAGUUGUAAUUUAUUAAUGUCAGUGUCAAGAGGGUAAAUAUUCAGAUGUUAUAAUUUUACUGUACCCAGUUACAACCAAGAGAUCAACCCUGUAACAACCAACCUGGUCUCUAUUAUAUUUCUUGAUGAAGUCUUCAAGACUGCAAGCUCAGAUACUUUUUUAAUAAGUUGUAUGUUUAAUUUGCUCCACUGAUAACUGCUCUUAGAUGGAGGAGGCGUAUGCAGCACUGUACCAGGAGUUUGUCCGUCUCCAGUCACUCUGCUUAAAACAAGCAGCAAUAAUACAACAUCUCUCUGACACAAUACAACGACAGCAAGGUUUGGUCUCAGGUCCAGCUAGGAACUUUGGAAAGCCGUGUCAGUACACAGAGGAAAAGUCAGGACAUCAACUCCUUCCUGCAGGAUGCCACGAACACGAACCUCUAGGACAUCCCACUGGACCACACAUACUGAACCCUCAAACUGGUAAUGAUCUCAGUCGUAUCGAUAGAGGACUAGACAAACUGCAUCUUAACCUGGACGUGCCAGAUCAGAAGCAGGGUGACCAUGAUAAUGCAGUUUUCCACAAUCCUGUAAAGACCGUGGAAAACAGUGCCUGGGAUGACCUGAGGAGAGUUGAGCAACAUUAUUAUGCAAACCAGACUUCACAAAGGCUGCGGAGGCCCUGGUCAUCCUCGUUUCUGGACAGUGAGCUGGUCAGUCAAGCCGGAGGGCUGUUCAUGUCUGGAGUCACGCUGCAGUCGCAGGUGUGUGAGUUCUGUCACGCUGUGUUUCCUGGACACACAAGCACCCGCGGAGAGUUUCUGCGUCACCUCACUACUCACAUGACCUGAAGGAAAGCAAUGCUGGGAGUCAAAUUCAUCAAAAAUGAAGAUGAGAUGAGAAGUCACUAUCACAUGUUUGAUUUUGAAACUAUUUGAGGUUUGGUCAGUGAUGAUCAAGAUUUUUUUAUUAAAUUGUAAAGCACACAAAGUUGAUGUGCAAGUACUUAACAAAAGUAAGACAAAAAAGUAACGAGAAAGUAAGAUGAGCAAAAAAAAAUUUAUGCAUGCACAUUUAUUUUUCGUUUCAUUUUAUCAUGAUAAUAAAA